AUGGGAAUUGAUCCCAAUAAUGGCUGGUGGCCGAUUGCUUGGGCUGUGACUGAGGCCGAGAGUUAUGCCCAGUGGAAGUGGUUCUUAGAGUACUUGGCUGAUGACCUUAACUUGCAUGCAAAUGGACCACGAUACGUGUUUAUGUCUGACAAACAAAAGGGCCUUGCAAAGUUGAUAGUUGAUGAAUUUCCACAGAGCGAGCAUCGCUUCUGUGUGCAACACAUAUACAACAAUUUCAAGAAGAGAUUUGUUGGUGAAAAUUUCAAAGAACGGUUGUGGGAGAUUGCCUCGAGUACCACACUCGAACAAUUCAUUUGUAAGAUGGAUGCUCUCAAGACCGAGUAUCCACAAGCACAUCAGUGGCUUUCUGGAGUUGCUCCCAAAGAAAAAUUGUGGCAGAUAACCGGAAUCCCGUGCACUCAUGCUAUCGCCACAAUCAACAAGAAUGGUGAUGAUGUUGCGCGGCACGUCUCCCGCUAUUAUUUGAAGACAACAAUGAUCAUGCUGUACGAGAAUGUCCUUUACCCAAUCAAUGGGGUAGACAAUUGGCCCAAGCAUACUUCUGAUGGUGUGUUGGAGCUGGCGCCCCCAAGGUCAAAGAGACAGCGUGGUAGGCCGAAGAAAUUGAGGCAUGAGGAGCCACAGGUUCGUCUUCAUGCUGACGGAAGUGAGUCAUUGCGCCGAACAUUCGUGAUGAAAUGUCGCCGGUGCGGUCAAGAAGGUCAUAAUAGGAGGACAUGCAGCAAUUAUCCUCGGACAGAUACUCGUUCUCAGGUUGGGGAGAAUUCGCAGCACAACGGGGCACGUGAGACUGAAGAGAAUACUUUGCCUGAAUCAUCAAACAAUCGCCGACGCCAUGAGCCUAAUGUUUCGGACCGGGGACCUAGCACGCGAACCAGGACUCGAACCAGGACUCAGCCUCAGAGAUGUGGCCGGCGCGGUGAUCAAGAUUGA